CACACACUCUCACUCUCUCUGUCUGUCUUAAUCCCAGCCUCUGUGUCACUUCUCCCUCUCUCCUCUCUGAGAACACACCUCCCUCUCACUUGUCUCCUCUCACCUGUCCUCAGUCUCAUCUGUCUCCUCUCUGGUCUGUCUCCUUUGACCCCUUUCUGCUCACCCGUUUUCUCCUCUUGACCUUUGUCGGACGUCACCUCGCAAACGUCCUGAUGUGUCGUCGGCCCCCUCUCUCUCCGGUGGCGGACGGGCGCUCAUGGUGAGUUCCUCCUCCCGCCGCAUUGGCGGUGGAGACGGGCGUCGUAGAUGCGACCUGCUGCGGCAGGUGAAGCGCGGGCGACGUGUGACUGACGGGGAGAGAGAUCGAGAGAGAGAUGGAGGAGGAGGAAGGGGGGUGAGGACGAGAGCAUCAGCACGAUUCAGGCUCAAGGUGCCUCGUUUGGAUCUUCGCCAUCAUCUGAGCGCGCUCAGAGGGGAGGUGUGUCGCCCCACCCCUUGGCGCCGUCGGCCGAUAGCCUUCCUCUACUAUGUCCUGUCCGUCAGUGCUCUGCGGCCUCUGGCCAGUCGGGUGGCACUGUACCGCUCCUUCCCUACCCGCCUCCUCUCUCGGACCUGGGGUCGCCUAAAUGGGGUGGAACUUCCCACCUGGCUCAGGAAGCCCGUGUACUCACUCUACAUCUGGACGUUCGGGGUCAACAUGCAGGAGGCAGCAGUGGAGGACUUGCAUCAGUACAGGAACCUGGGUGAAUUUUUCCGCCGGCGUCUCAAACCUGCAGUGCGACCGCUCUGCGCUUCGUCCUGUGUGAUCUCUCCAGCAGAUGGGCGGAUCCUGCACUUUGGUCAGGUGAAGAACUCGGAGGUGGAGCAGGUAAAAGGCAUCACCUACAGCCUGGAGAACUUCCUGGGUCCACAGCAGCACCGCAGCAAUGACUCCGCCUCCUCAUACAGGGACCUCCUCCUGUCGUCCCCUGACAACGACCUGUUCCAUGUCGUGGUUUACCUGGCUCCAGGUGACUAUCACUGUUUCCAUUCGCCCACAGACUGGAAGGUGGAGCUUCGACGUCACUUCCCUGGUUCAUUAAUGUCGGUUAACCCCGGUGUAGCCCGGUGGGUCAAGGAGCUCUUCUGUCUCAACGAGCGCGUGGUGCUCACCGGCCAAUGGCAGCACGGUUUCUUCUCGUUAACGGCGGUCGGCGCCACAAACGUCGGCUCCAUUCGGGUUUACUUCGAUCAGGAGCUUCAGACCAACGCUCCACGCUACAGUAAAGGCUCCUUCUACGACCGCACAUACGUCACAGAUGGCAAACUGGAGGCGCCGCGCGAGGACGAGGUCUCCUCAAGCGAAGGGGGCGUGGCCUUACAGAAGGGCGAGGCUUUGGGGGAGUUCAACCUUGGCUCCACCAUCGUUCUCUUGUUCGAGGCCCCCAAAGACUUUAGCUUUAACCUCCAGCCGGGACAACGAAUCAGAGUGGGGGAGGGGCUCGGCUGCCUCUGAUUGGAUGAGCACAGGAAGGUGUCCAACGACAUAAGGCAUUGUGGGUAAUUUUCCAUAAAAAAAAAGACUGUCAAGAGGACGCGGUUGUUUUUAAUGACUCAAACUCCCAGAAUGCCCUGUGUGCCUCGUCAUGGGGACGAUGCAUGAUGAUGUAUUCAGUCUCUGUAUCACUCCCACCCAAAAAAACUGAAUUAUUCCUUUUCUUUAACAGUGAAAUGUUUAUUUUUCAUGUCGUCAGAUUCACAAUUAAAAAGCUUGCCGUCCAUUGACACACA